ACUUACGUACUACUCAGGUGGCACAAGACACUCAAGCUUCAACUUCAGCUUUGCCUACAAAGGUGAAGACAAAGAGGAGUUCUCAAGGCAUGGGCUUGUACAUCAAUCCUGAAACUGGAAGGAGUGUUCUAAAUCCCGGGAUGUCUACAUCACUAGUCAUAAAUGAGGGUAGGUCCAUGGAGCCUGAACCAAACACACGGUUUGCAAUACCAAAUGAAAGUGAAUUGAGGAAAGGCAAGAGAAAACAAACUCAGACAGUGGCUGAUCCAUCAAAGCUUAGGAAGGUGGCCUCAAAGUCAUUUAAGGCUCCACGAGGAAACAAAGAAGAAGUGGUCCUAAGAAGAUUCCCAAGAGGGAAAAAUAUUGCUUCAACUGUGGAUUCUACAACUACUAGUUGAAGCAUGAUAUUUCUUCCUCAGUUUACAACAGGCCCAAGAAAGUUUUGAUGUUUUUCUUUUGUUUACAACUAUGGUUUUGAAUGAUGGAUGUUUAGACUGUGAUUGAAUAUGUAUGGUUUUGAAUGAUGGAUAUUUGGAUGGUGUUGAAUGAUGGAUAUUUGGAUAGGAACAGUGGAAUAUUUAUAGACUAAAAUAUGUAUGGUUUUAUUCGGAUUUUUGAAUGAUGGAAUGAUAUGGUUUUGUUCA